AAUGCGAUUAUAAAAUGUAAAAAUGUUGUCUUCUCACGACCUGAGUAAGAAGUAUAUAAAAGUUCCACUCUUGUUGAAACGGGCUUUAUUUGCGACAACCCCUUGCGAUAUUGGUAUCUGUAUUCUUUCUAAAGUUGAAGUACAUAUAUGUGUAUGCUUCUAUAUUUGAAUCAAAGAGUAAACCUUCUCUGGAUAGAAUGUUAUCAAGUUUGGAAGCAUCGAGCAACAAUAUUUCGUCGAUUCCCAUGAACUAUACUGGGUCCAUGAGUGCACUACUUUUCGAUGACUCGAUGGAGAAAAUGGACGUCGAAAAAACGUCCUCAGAUGUAACGAGGUAUCUAGAAGAAUACAUUGAGUCCAGUUUUAAUUUUGCAGAAACGACCUCUUCCUUUUCAGCAAGCCCCUGUUCAGAUCACACUUCUGUAUCAAGAACGUCGUCAGAUGAAGGUAGUUCAAAUAAAAUGACGCCAAGUUAUACAGUAUCAACAUGUUCGGAUGUUUUUUUGCCAACUGAUUCUAAAGACUGUAAUUUCCAGCUGAACAACAUAAUUAACACUAGUACAGAUGAGUUCCCGUAUGAGGACGUUCUCUCAUUAGAAAAUGCGCUCGAGGAAGCCGUUGGAGAUUCGUUGGAAAAUGUUGGUAGCGUGAAAAUUGAAUCGAACAUGAUUCAAAAUUUAUCGUCUCAUACAUCAAUAAGCGGGCAAAAUUUUACGAUGCCACAACCACCUAACUCAAACCCGCCUAUAAGUAAUGCGUUUCCAAAAGUAUCUCACCGAGUAGUAAUCAGUCCGACUACAACAUUAGUUCUGUCCGAUGACGUUAUGCGUAAGAAACAUCGCCCUCUUUCAACUAACAGCAAAUCGACCUCUAAAAUGGUAACAUCAACCAGCAAUCAACUACAUCCUUCCAUGGUGCAAAACAGGCCAAUUUCAUCGAGUUCUGGAAAAAUCUCACCCGUAGCAAUCAAUGUAGGAAGUAACGAUCAUGCAAUAACUUCACUUCAGUCGAUGACGGCAAGCAACCAGAGCCCUCAGUCUGUGGAAACUUCUGACCAUUUGUUAGCAGAACAAGACGAUCAGCAGAAUGACGAGAAUGUUGAGUGGUCUACCCCAAGGAAAAGCAUCCAAGCAAUACAAAAGAAUCCACUUCCACCUGAAGGUUAUAAGAUAACAAGAUAUCCAUUGAAAAGUCAGACGGAUAAUAGAGAAGAAAACAAAAUACAAGAUGAAACGACUGAUAUCAUAAAUGAACUACGACAUCAGCUUCAAAGGGCCAGGAUGGAGGUUGAUCAUCGUCUGAAAGAAGUUGAAGAAUGGAGAUUAUCUGCUCAACAAAUAUUUGAUGCAGCAAGAAAAAUUCGGGCUCAAAUGGAAUUAGAAAAGUCUCGAGCUGAUCGUGCAGAAUCGAAGAUUGCCCAACUCACUGCACACUUCAGAUCAAAAGCUGCAGCAAAAGCGAGAGCAAAGUCCAUCGGAUCUGAGAAAUCUGGAACAUCCGGCAAUGUAAAUCAAUCUUCAAAAUCCCCAAAUACUGCAGACGCGUCUGGAUCAAAAACAUCCGGGUCCCCAGAUCCGAUUAUAUUAAGUCGAAAAAGACGACGAACAGUUCCCGAACUCGAUGAUGUUACAAAAUCACUAGCUUCUUGGUUGAUGUCGCAACCAUCAGACGCAAAAAAGAAACCGGCCACGUCUGCACAUCCCAGAUCAGUUUCAGAAAGCGUAUUUGGCUUUCAAAAACCAAAAGAUGAGUUAGUGUAUUCACCACAAAUCAACAGCGGUGUGAGACUAGCCUUGAGGGCAAAGGUGUGUUCUGCAAGAGCGGAUACACUGAACACAGCUCAGGAUCUUAUAAAACAGACAAAACUGCUUUUGGUCGAUCUCCCAACAAUACCUGAAAGUUCUUCUAGCGCAAGUAUCCCGGGAUUAUUUGAAAGCAGAAUAACGAUGAGAAAUAGGUGGAGUAGUGUUGACAGCGUUCACUCGGCAACGACAUGUUCGACAACGCCAUCGAGCGGAAGCGCAAGAGUGCCAAUGUCUCAUUCUUUGUCAGAGUCAUCACUACAAAUUAAGAAAUCAUAAUACAAUAACGAUAAUGGAGUGAUAAAAUUAUAUUUUUCUUUAUUUCAUUUAUAUUGAAUAUUAUAAAUAUUGUUUAUUGGUACUAUUAUUAUAUUUAAUUUUAACUUUCAUUACCAAUAUAAUGAAAAUGUUUACAAAAUGGUGAUAACCAAUUGAAAAGCAUCUGUGGAAUGCUUCAUAUGUCGAUAAAAAUUCAUUUUUUUCUUAAUGCAAAAAAUAAAUUAUUUUUAUUAAACUCAAAUAUGUUUAUUCCAAUAGUGUUCUGCGUAAUGUAGUAUAAUAUCUUUAGCUCAUCGCCUAUUGUUCCAGUGGUUACAGUCAAAUUUACCCUCAAAUCCACAUACUUAAUCUUAUUUAUCUAGACGUUUUCCUGUUUAUUACAUCUCUAUGGUAUGUAUUCUAACAUGUAUACGAUACCACACUACUAAUUGUUGUGGCCACAGAUUCUAUUUUUCUGUUCUGGUAUGUGGUUGCCAAUAAAUUUCACUUUCAUUGUU